AUGGAGGAGGAAUUGCAGAAGCGAAACACCGAUUGCGUUUACUUCCUCGCUUCUCCCCUCACUUGCAAGAAGGGAGCUGAAUGUGAGUACCGGCACAGUGAGAUGGCAAGGCUCAACCCUAGGGAUUGUUGGUACUGGUUGUCUGGGACCUGUCUUAAUCCAACCUGCGCCUUCAGACAUCCUCCUCUAGAAAAGCCAGCUGAAGCUUCUUCAGAAUCCGGUCCAGCUUCAGGUCAGCCUCCUCAACCGUCAAACAAGACCUCUGUACCUUGUUACUUCCACUUCCAAGGCUACUGCGGCAAAGGCGAGAAAUGCACAUUUUCCCAUGCUCCUGAUGUCAGCACUGUCCCCACUGCAAAGACUCUGAAGCAACCACAUCCCACCAACAACAUGGCUGUUCAUCCUGCCGACAGCAAUAACAAGACUCUGUCGGGAACUAAAACGGUAUCUGUCCCGACCUCCAAGAUGAAGACAAGUCUUCCCCAAACAACAUCUCAGAAACCAUCUGUCCCUAAAGAUGUGGUACAAAAGAGUUCCUCUCUUCAAAUUGAGACGCCCCAAGUUGAUUCAGCUGUUGUUCUAGAGUCUUUUGAUACCGUCUUGCCAUCAGAAAGUUACAACGAGGCUGGGUCAUACAUGGAUGCUGCUGAUCAGAACUCAGAAGAUCAUAUUGACGGCCGCGUAGAACCAGAGGAACGGUGGGAAUCAUCUCCCGGUUUCGAUGUUCUGGUAGAUAAUGAUGAAGAGGAAGAUCAAAAUCUAUGCUACAAGGAUGAGCAGGAGUACAUGGUGUCCCUCAACAGGGAAGAACAGAGAGAGCUCGAUAGGAAUCAUCCAUUUAUGGAGUAUGAGUUUGAAGAACGGCAAGUCGGGUAUGAGAGGCGAUUGGGAUUCCGUGAGAGUCGAGACGUGGAUCUCCGGGACCACCUGAGGAAACGCCAGGCAAUAGACAAUGGCGAGCCACCGUUGGAGAGAUCGAUGAGAAGGCGGCACCAUGAAGAAUCACUUCCGCGGAGGCACAGGAGCCAUGAAAGACCGUAUGAGCACGGACUGAGUGAAAGGCUACGUGGGAGAUUGGCAUCUGAGGUCGGAAGAAGGAAUGACAGUGAUUAUGGAUUACAUUCAAGGCACUCUCCAUAUGAUAGGCCACCGAGGCUACAUCACAGGGAAAGAAGGGGAGCACCGAGAAGGCAGCUGCCACCUUUUGUACAGUCCGAGAGGGCUUCUGUACCGUCAGAGGUCAGGAGGAAGCCAGUUCGAAGGGAGAGGUCAGUUGAGGUGUCUGGCGAAUUUUCUGGGCCAAAGAGCCUUGCUCAGAUAAGAGAAGAGAAGAAAAGGGUUGUUGAGAGAAACGGGUAUCACAACGAGGACAGAGAUGACGAUGAUUUGGGUGUAAUGGAGACUGCGAAUUUUGAUGGACCGAAGCCUCUGAAUGAGAUUCUGAAGGAAAAGAAGAAGCUGAUUUCUGUUGUAGAGUACGCCAACGGUAGCAGCAACUGA